CCUGACCUGACACAAUGAUGCAGCAUCAUGCCGCCAUCUUCUCUUUCUAGCUGGCAUUUGGUUUCUCGUAUCGCUUAUCUUUGUCUUUGCCACAGAUAAAAGGAAGCUUCACACUCUGUCCUUGCAUUUGCAACACUAGAAGAGCUCAAACCGGGAGCGUAUACAAGUAUCGCGCGAUGCAUCUCUCAAACAUGCCAUUGCCAACAACGUAUCAGGUAUGCAAGUUAGAGUAGCAGGAACUAAUCCAAGAAGCAUACACUGACUGGCCACUGGUGUGAUGGCCGCUGCAUCCUUCGUUACCUAUCUUGAGAAGCCAAGAGAGCUCCGGGUGCUGGAGUUCCGGGCGCCGCCGCCGUCUCCGGUCACCGGAGUCCUAACAAACAGCAGCUCGGGAUCAUCUGAGCACGGCGAUGACGAGGUCAGUCAGUUCUUGCGCUCCUCCGCCAGAGUUCCGGUGCUGCGUCUGCCGGAGAGGGCUAUCCCGCGGAAGAAGAAGAACAAGGUGGCGUGGGCCCCUCCGGUCAUCGACGUGCGUCUGCUGGAGGCCCGCGGGCCCGUGGUGGAGGCGCUGAGGUCGGCGGCCGUCGCGUUUGGCUGCUUCCAGGUGGUUGGCCAUGGGGUCGAUGUGUGCUUGGUCUCAGCAGCAACGACAAGUGCUGCAGCCGCAAGAGGAUCGCCAGCGCUGGGCGAGGAGGAGGCCGGUGGCGAAGAUCCCCAAGACGGCGAGGAGCUGCGGUGGUCACCGAGCGACGGAGAGAAGUGCAGGAACAGAGCAGACGAUCUGUUAACCCAGUUCAAGCGAACCGCAGCCGAGAUCAUGGAUGCCUUGCAGCGAGACAGCGUUGGCGCCACCGAUUCCCUGGCCGGAGCUUGCAGGAUCGGCACCUCGCUCCUCUGCAUUCGCACGCACCACGGCAAGCAGCGCGAUAGCGGCAGCGCUAUCAGCCAGGACGACGUGAUGCGGAUGCUGAUCAAGAGCUCGCGCUGCCCGCGGGAUCUCACUCUCCACAUCUGCCCCGGCGCCUCGACGUUCCACGUCUUCUCCCGGCGGGGAUUCUCCAGCUUCCGUCCUCUCAACGGCGCCCUCGUGGUAACCGUCGGAGACCAGCUACAGGCAUGGAGCAGCGGGCUCUACAUGAGCAUGGCUGGGAAACCGGCUUACAGCAACGACGAUCUGCAAGAAGGUGGCGCCGGAGCUGUCGUCUCGGCGGAGUUCCUCUACUCCUGCUCUUCAGUCGGUGAGCCCCUUGACAAGGAUGGCGGGAGGAUCAUCCCAUUGAACCUGCAGAUCAUGGCAGCAGCUUGCCUUGUACUCGUUUACCACUUUCUCCUGUCAUGCUUGUAUGCAACUUGGUGAUUCUGAUCUGCUACAGGACUUGUUCCCUGAAUAUGCGGCUUGGUUUCCUCUUCAA